AUGUGCCGUGGCGACCCACCGGGCCGGCCGGCCGCGCAGGCGCCGACCGGCACGGCUGGCCGGCUGGAGCAACGGAAAAACAAGAAUCGCACCGGUCAAUCCUCUCCGGCCAGCCUCGGGCUAAUUAAAGCCGCAAAAAAUCGGAAGGCCUCCUUUGAGGUGGCGGCCGGCCGCCGCGUCGCGUGGUGAGGCGGCAUGAGGCCGUCCCCCCUUCACGUUCGAAGGCGGGCCGGCCACGGCACCGGCUGUCGCGGCUCGAGGGCGGCAGGCUCUUCUUAGCUCCGCUCGGAGCGUCCUGGCGCCGCCUCCCCAACCGCUGCGGCCCACGCGGCCGCCGGGCGGCGCGACGGCGGCUACCGGCCGGCAUAGCCCUUCCAGCGCCGGCCGGGGGCUGCGGCGGUCGCCCUUCGGCCACUUCUCGGGCGUGCGGCCGCAGCGCGGCGAGAAGGCGGCGCGCUCGGCCCGCUGGCGGAGGUGAAGCCCCCCAGAGCGGGAGCUGGCGGGCCGGGGGCGUCGGGCGGGUGCGCGGCGGCACCCGUGCCACCGGGACGGGCCGUGGUGGCCCGUAUGGCGGCCGUGAAGGGCCGUUUGGUGCGCCCCGGCGGCCUCCUGCACGGCGGCCGCCGGGGCCGGUUUGGACUGUGUUUGGGGGGGUGGAGGGGUCCGGUAGCCGGUGUGAUGGUCGUUUAUCACCCUCCUAUCACCCA